AUGUCAAAAUCACAUAGUCGUGAAUUUUUUAAAAAGAAUAAACGUGAUCGUAGUAAGAAGAAUGGAAAUAAUAUAAAAACAAAUAACAAUAAUCAUCAUUUAAAUAAUCGAGAACAUGGUUCACAUAAUGCGAGUACGGUGGGCACUGAUGGUGAUACGGAUACUGGUCAUACAAAAGAGAAAAAAACAAAAAUUUGUUGCCUUUUGUAA